CUCGCACCCCCUCCCCCCCUUAGUAUUUCUGCCCCAUCGCAUCGCGCACCCACCGCCUCACAACAGUUGACUUCACGCGAUCAUGUCAAUCGCUAUCGUAUUGCAUCUCCCUACUGUCAGAACCAUGCUGUGCCCUAUGCAAGAUGCUAAUGUUCAUCUACCGCAGUACUUUAUAUUCGUUCCAAGAUGCCUGCCAUGCUCGAUGACCCGACUGCCCCAGUCAUUGCGCGUGUCUCUGGACAGAGUCCGAUGCAGAUGCCUGGUGCCCCGCUGCCCGACCAUAUAGUCCCACGCCAAGUUAUACUGCGAGAUCGAGUGACCACAGCAACUCUCAUCCCGUUCUCUGCCCCAGAGCAAGUGCCCUUCUCGUUGCUGCAAUAUCUGAAUGAUCAGUUCAACAAAGAGAUAGAGAUAGGCGAUACAUAUCCCAUGAUUACGCCCCUCCCCCUUGAUGUCUUUGGCACAUAUUGGUUUGGCAACUUCGGAGCAGUCAUGCUCGUCGGUGAAAUUGUGAGCCACGACCAAGUCCACGACAUGGCCCGAAACGGUUGUGAUUGGGACAAGUACUGUCUGGGCAGCUUCUAUAUCAAACCUAACUAUGUAGGCCGAUCCAGCCACGUCUGUAAUGGUGGAUUUGUGGUUCUUCCUGCUGCUCGAAACAGAGGCGUUGGUAGACUUAUGGGCGAAGGAUAUCUGGAGUGGGCACCGAAGCUUGGGUAUACAUACUCUGUUUUCAACCUCGUGUAUGAAACGAACGUGGCUUCAUGUCGCAUAUGGGAUGCCCUUGGCUUCAAGCGAAUCGGCCGCGUGAAGGGCUGCGGUAAUCUAAAGUCAUAUCCGGACGAAUAUGUCGACGCAAUCAUUUACGGGCGUGACCUCGGUAUGGACGAGGAUUCGGCCUCAGAAGAGCGCUUCGACAAGAUCAAAUACUACCUAAAGCACGGCAAAUACCCUAAUGGAGCUGACCGUGCCGAGAAAAGUCGCCUGCGUAGCGCCGCAACGCAUUACAAGCUUAUUCCGGCCACGAACGCGGAGCCCGAGCGACUGAUGCUGAAAGGGAAGGAAGUUAUAUCUGAUCCUCAGAGACAAUACGAGAUUGCAAGACAGAUUCAUAUGCAAAACCACGGAGGCAUCAACAAAUCAACCGCGUCAAUCGCCGAACGAUAUCAUUGGGUCCGCAUUAAGGAGACGGUGAGUGCUGUCAUCAAGAACUGUGGAGAGUGCAGUGAUGCGUCCAAAAAUGCCGCGAAGCCCGAAUCUUCAGGUCGCCGUAAGAGCAAAGGCCCUGAAGCUGAAGCGACACCGACCAAGAAUGUAAUCCAGCAGCCGCAAACCCCAGCUACAUUUUCUGGUGUCACACAGGCGGACUAUCGGAAUCACUUUGCCACACCUCAAACCGCUCCUCCACAGAUGCAUCAGGAUCCCAAUCUACAAGCCGUAAUGCAGUAUAACACGACUACUCAGCGUGAUGUACCUCUAGAUCCUAGACUGACUUUAGUGUCUGACAUGCGGGGUAUGCCGACGCAUUUCACUCAGUCCUUAAUUGCGCCCGUACCGCAAAUGGUAGUCCCAGCCUCAUCUCGCGAGGUCCAGAGCAUUCAGCCGACUUCCCAACAACAGAUGCACAGCCAAGGAUUUAUUCAGCUUCAGCCUCAACCUCAGACUCAGCAUGAGUCACUAGAGCACAACAACAGAGUCCGUCCCACCAAGCAGCAACACCAGCAACACCAGCACCAGCAGCACCAGCAGCACCAGCAGCAACACCAGCAGCACCAGCAGCAACACCAGCAGCACCAGCAGCAACACCAGCAGCACCAGCAGCACCAGCAGCAACACCAGCAACACCAGCAACACCAGCAACAACACCAGCACCAGCAGCAUCAUCAACACCAGCAACAACAUCAGCAGCAACAACACCAGCAGCAACAACACCAGCACCAGCAACACCAGCAUCAGCAACAGACUCCAGCUGGGGACAGGGUCGCCAGCCCCUCCACGCAGUUGCUUCAAGAGCAAGAGAGCACAUCUGUAGAUUCAUCUAGCUACUCUAAUUUCUCUACCGUAAUCGCUGCACCAACAAAUUUACGGAAACGUGAGAGGCAGUUGGUAGCAGAGACGUCAACAACUGGGGAUGACACUGCAUUAGGAGGACGAGCGACGAGAAAGCGAAGGGCAAAGUAAUGAGGUGUGCGUAUCAAGAUUAUGAGAUGCGCCAAUGGAAUUUUAACUGUUUAUAUGUAUGCAUAUAAGCCGAUUAGGCAAAGUGUAGCGCCUUUUGUCCAGUGGGUCAAUAAUCAUCUUAUAUACCCCUAUUUAU